AUUGUUAUACAGUACUGAGCUCAAAAAUGGAAACAAAAACUAUCGUAAUAAUUUUUGCGAUUCUUAUCGCGGUGCUUCUUAUUGUUGACAUUAUUCUAAUCGUGUACAUCAAUAUAUACUGCUUCUAUGACGUUGUGGCCCUUGAAAACAAAAGGAAGAGGGAUCCUCUCGUAUUUCCAUCCAAGAGACUUUUUAACCCGUUUGAUAUUUUUCAUCUGAGUAACACACAACAAAGGUCUGCCCAACAACCUUAGUGGUCGCCAAAAUGGAUCAGAAAAUCAUAAUAGCUUUAGUGGCGGGCUCAGUAAUACUGUGCCUUCUCAUCUUGAAUUUGAUUUUCAUAUACUUCCUAAUCGAGAAUCCCUAUGACCAAUACAAGAAAUCCACUACAACCACAACCACAAUAACCACUCCAGAACCGGUGAUAGAAGAAGAAGUACCUGUGGAGGUUGUAACAGAAGAGGAGCCUGGUGCCGAGGGCGGUGGCGAAGGUAUCUAAAAAUUAUGCCAGAUGCCGGAUUUCAGAUUUCAGACACCACAUCACCACGGGUCCGGCGUUGCUUGGUCUUUCUUGUUUCGAGUCCAGAAUCCAGAUCAGUGUCGCGCGGCGCACAGCGGUGUCAACUUGUCGUGUGCAGCAAAAAUUCCCAGUGUCAGUUUAAGUGGAUACCGUACACCACCAGAAGCCAUCCAUCAGCGUUCCCGCAUUCAACAGGUCCGAGAGCAACCCACCACCGAAUCGCACACAGGACCUUUUAGCUCUUUGGAUAACCGACCCACCGAACGGACCGAUCCCCCAUUUCGAUCCACCACCUCUUCGAACUCUUUGAACUCCCCGUUCCCACACCGAUUGCACUGAGGAAGCGCCAGCGGCCGAAGCGCUCAAGAAUGCCGACCAUCACGGAGGACUGCAUCGACGGGUUCCAACAGUACUACUCCCGCCCCCCGGAGAGGCCCAAGAAGAAGUCGCUCAAGCAGAUGGUCUACGACUCCGAGGACAACUCCUACUUCGGCCGAUCCAUCGACAGCUGGGCGAAAAUUGGAAUCUUCUAUGUGGCCUUCUACGGAGUCCUCGCCGCUUUGGUGGCCAUCUGCAUGUGGGCCUUCUUCCAGACCCUCGAUCCCCGCAUCCCCAAAUGGACCCUCGACCGCUCCCUGAUUGGCACAAAUCCAGGUUUGGGAUUCCGCCCCUUGCCACCAGUUGACAACGUGGAAAGUACUUUGAUCUGGUACAAGGGCACUCAGCACGAGAACUACAAACACUGGACAGACUCGCUCGAUGAUUUCCUUGCGGUAUAUAAAGUACCCGGACUGACUCCCGGUCGCGGCCAGAACAUCUACAACUGCGACUACAACCAGCCGCCGCCGAGGGGUCAGGUGUGCGACGUGGACAUCAAGUCGUGGUCUCCCUGCACCAAGGAGAACAACUACAGCUACCACAAGAGCGCGCCGUGCAUCUUCCUGAAGCUGAACAAGAUCUACGGCUGGAUUCCAGAGUACUACAACGAUUCCCGCGACUUGCCCGAAUCGAUGCCUGCCAGUUUGAAGACCUACAUCGGCGAAGUCGAGAAGACCCAGCCACACAAAUUAAACACCAUUUGGGUAUCGUGCGAGGGCGAGAAUCCAGCUGACCAGGAAAACAUUGGAGCAGUCAAUUACCUGCCAAUCAGGGGCUUCCCCGGCUACUUCUACCCCUACCAGAACUCCGAGGGCUACUUGAGUCCCCUGGUGGCCGUGCACUUCCAGCGCCCAAAACGCGGAAUCAUCAUCAACGUAGAGUGCAAGGCUUGGGCCCGCAACAUCAUUCACGAUCGCAAGGAGAGGAUCGGUUCGGUUCACUAUGAGCUACUCAUCGAUUAAUGUGUUUCAAAUUUAAACCUAUUUAAUAAUGUAAAACAGAAGAAUCUCCGAUGAACAAGAUUUUCGGAAGCAGAGGGGUGAGGACAAUCCACCAGAGGCAAUCCACCACAUGUUUGUUGUAGUAAAAUAGUGAAAGGUCCAUUAUUCCGAUUGUAAUUAACAUCCAAAAUUGUUUAGUUGUAUUAUUUUCCAAGUUAUUAAACAUACAAAUUUUAAUCAAGA